CGGUGCGUCAGAGCAGAGCCUCUCCCUCCGCCAUUAUUUUUCCUCAGGCGGUGGCAGCCGAACCAUAAAGACGGAGAAAGUGACAGGCAAUCCCACUGCAGGCUCAUUGGGUGGAUACCAAUCACUCUGGGACUGACACGCAACUGGCAGAGGGAGAGAGAGCCCCGAAGGACUGUGAGAGAGAGGACCACCCAGGACCAUCUGGCUGGCGACCAGGCAGCCCCUGGGGGGAGCAGCGAAUCAGCCUGGCCAAGAGAUAAAGGGAAAAAGAAGAAUCAAGUAUCUGUAUUCCAAUUAACUACUCAUAUCGUUGUUGACAUGGAGAAAGUGUAUAAAUGCCUGGAGCAUGGAAAGAGUUCCACUCGGAAGGAUCAUCUGCAGAAACAUGAAAGGACUCACACUGGAGAGAAAUGCUAUGAAUGCCUGGAGUGUGGAAAGAACUUAACUAGCAGUAAAGGUUUACAUUCACAUCAAAGGACUCACACCGGGGAGAAACCCUAUAAAUGCCUGGAGUGUGGACAGAGCUUCCGUCAGAGUGCACAUUUACAUUCGCAUCAAAGGACUCACACUGGGGAGAAACCCUAUAAAUGCCUGGAGUGUGGAAAGAGCUUCAUUCGAGGUUUGGCUCUACAAAUACAUAAUACGACUCACACUGGAGAGAAACCCUAUGAAUGCCUGGAUUGUGGAAAGAACUUUGCUAGCAGUGGAGGAUUACGUUCACAUCAAAAGACUCACACUGGGGAGAAACCCUAUACUUGCCUUGAGUGUGGACAGAACUUUGCUCAUAGUUCAGGUCUACGUGGACAUCAAAGGACUCACACUGGGGAGAAACCCUAUACAUGCCUGGAGUGUGGAAAGAGCUUCACUUAUAGUUCAGGUCUACGUGGACAUCAAAGGACUCACACUGGGGAGAAACCCUAUACAUGCCUUGAGUGUGGACAGAACUUCACUCAAAGUUCAACUCUACUUUCACAUCAAAGGACUCACAGUGGGGAGAAACCAUAUACGUGUUUGGAAUGUGGGCAGAGCUUCACUGAUAGUUCAAGUCUACAUAAACAUCAAAUGACUCACACUGGAGAGAAACCCUAUGCAUGCCUGGAGUGUGGAAAGAGUUUCUCUAAGUGUGCAAAUCUACAUAGACAUAAAAGGACUCACACUGGAGAGAAACCCUAUAAAUGUCUGGAGUGUGGACAGAGCUUUGCUCAUAGUACAGUUCUACGUUCCCAUCAAUGGACUCACACUGGAGUGAAUCCCUUUACAUGCCUGGAAUGUGGAAAGAGCUUCACUGAUAGUUCAGGUCUUUAUAGACAUCAAAGCAUUCACACUGGAGUGAAACCUUAUACAUGCCUGGAGUGUGGACAGAGCUUCACUCGUAGUUCAAGCCUACAUAGUCAUCAAAGGACUCACACUGGGGAGAAACCCUAUACAUGCCUGGAGUGUGGACAGAGUUUCACUCAUAGUUCAAGUUUACGUUCACAUCAAAGGACUCACACUGGUGAGAAACCCUAUACAUGCCUGGAGUGUGGACAGAGUUUCACUCAUAGUGCAAGUCUACGUUCACAUAAAAAGAAUCAUACUGGGGAGAAACCCUACAGAUGCCCAGAUUGUGGAAAGAGCUUCAAGGAUAGUUCAAGUCUACAUAGACAUCAAAGGAUUCACACUAGGGAGAAACCCUAUAAAUGCCUGGAGGUUGGACAGAACUUCACUCAGAGUGCCAAUCUACAUUUGCAUGAAAGGACUCAUACUAUGGGAAAACCCUAUGAAUGCCUGGAAUGUGAAAAUAGCUUCACUGAUAGUUCAGGUCUUUAUAGACACCAAAGCAUUCACACUGGGGAUAAACCCUAUACAUGCCUGCAGUGUGAAAAAAGCUUCACUCAUAGUUCAAGUCUAUGUAGACAUCAAAGGACACACACUGGGGAGAAACCCUAUACAUGCCUGGAGUGUGGAAAGAGCUUCACUUAUAUUUCAAAUCUACGUACACAUCAAAGGACUCACACUGGGGAGAAACCCUAUACAUGCCUGGAGUGUGGACAGAGCUUCACUCAUAGUUCAAGUCUACGUAGACAUCAAAGGACUCACAGUGGUUAGAAACCCUAUACAUGCCUGGAGUGUGGAAAGAGCUUCAAUGUCAGUGGAAGUCUACAUGAACACCAAAGGGCUGACACUGGGGAAUAACCUUAUUGCCUGGAGUGUGGAAAGAGCUUUGCUUGUAGCUUAAGUUUAUCUUCGCAUCAAAGAACUCACAUAGAAUCAUAGAAUAGUAGAGUUGGAAGAGACCUCAUGGGCCAUCUAGUCCAACCCCCUGCUAAGAAGCAGGAAAUCGCUGGGAAGAAACUGGGAAGAAACCCUAUACAUGCCUGGAGUGUGGACACAGUUUCAUUCAUAGUACACGUCUAAAUUCACAUUAAAGGACUCACAUGAGGGAGAAACCCUAUAAACACAUGGCAUGUGGAGAGCUUCUCUGAGACUUGAAAUCUACAUAGACAUAGAGUUCACAUUGGAGAAAACAGUGGUAUUUGACCCCAUAAAGACUGCAAGAGAGAGCUUUCCAAACUUUUCAUGUUGGUGACAUACUUUUUAGACUUACAUCCUUUCGCGGCACAAUACUUGAGUUUAAUUAGGAAACUGGAUGUUAAAACAACCCAAUUUGUUUGUGAAACUUCUUGUGGUUCAUCACAAACAUCGUUAUCAUCCGAUUUUAUGUUCUUAUUUAGAAACUUGCCCAUUUUAGUGGUAAUUACUGCAACUCAGUCAACAUAGGGUUGUUGUAUGUCUUUCGGGCUGUGUGGCCAUGUUCCAGAAGCAUUCUCUCCUGACGU